CCACUGCCCUCGAGUUGCGCUGUCUGUGUCGCACGAGCACCUCUCAGCUCCUCUGAAAUGUCCCACGAUGUGUCCAUGCUCUCCGACGAUGAAUCUCUCGGCCAGAAGAGCGCGACUCGCCCACAGACAAACGGGCACGUCGCUUAUCCCAAUGGAAAUGGUGCCGCCAAUGGAGACAGCCCGAUGAGCGAGGAUGACAGUGAUGACGACGUACCGCUUCUAGUACGUGUCCUGCAUACAUCGUGCGUCCCGUGCUUAGCUCACGCGGGACACUUUCUCCUGUCCGUAAUUGUCUUCCUCUGCUCCAGUCGCAAUCCUCACGCGUCAAAGCAGAGUCUGAGACUCCCAAGCGGCCCUUGAAGCGCAAGGUCGCUCAUUACUCGUCUUCCAGUGAUGAUGACGCGCCUCUUGCUUCCUCACAGGUUCGUUCUGCUGCUGUACCUAUGCCCGGGGCUGUGGCCGCCACGACAGUUCCUACGUCGGUUGUAGGGGACAAAGCGAAGGUCAAGCGUGCGGCGAAGAGCCGUAGUGCUGCGCCUCCGUCAGAUAGCUCGAGUGACGAUGAUGACGACGUGCCUUUGGGCGUGAAAAUCUCUCCUAAUGGGAAGGCUAACGGUAAAGCAAAGGCACCGCCCAGGAAAAAGGUGAAAAAAGAGGAGGACGAAGACGUCGACUUCUCCCCUGCCUCAGAUACAGAAGCUCCCAAAAAGGGUAAAACUAAAGCCAAGGCAACCCCGAAGGCUAACGGUACAGCAAACGGCAAAGCAAAUGGCAAGGGCAGAAGGAAGGCGAAGGCGAAGUCUGAAGACAUGUCCGAGGACGAUAAGCCUCUCACCACCAAAAAGCGUGCAAAAACUGAACCCACCUCAGAUGAAGACAUAAAGCCGAAAGCUAAGAAGCGGGCAUUAAAGGUAAAGAAGGAAGAUGAUGAAGCGGAAGCCUCUUCGUCACAAACAACGAAGAGGAAGGGCAAGGUAGACGACGAUGAGGAGGGUGAGGAGGUCUUCCGAUGGUGGGAGAACGAGGAUCCUAACGGCGAUGGCUCGAUCAAGUGGAAUACGCUGGAGCACAAUGGUGUGUACUUCCCUCCGCCCUACGAACCAUUGCCGUCGGACGUGAAGAUGAAAUACGACGGCAAACCCGUCAACCUCCCACCUGAUUCGGAAGAAGUUGCUGGUUUUUACGGACAGAUGCUGGAGACGGAUCACGCACAAGAUGCUGUCUUUAACAAGAACUUCUUCAAAGACUUCCUCAAGGUCCUCGAAGAGCAUCCUCCGCGUGAUGGUACGAUGAUCAAGGAGUUCGAUCGAUGCGACUUCCGUCCAAUGUUUGAUUAUUAUGAGGCGCAGAAGGCGAAGAAAAAGGCCAUGACCACCGCAGAGAAGAAAGCCGCCAAGGCGGAGAAGGACAAGGUCGAGGCACCUUUCACUACUUGCGUGCUCGAUGGUCGCAAAGAAAAGGUUGGCAAUUUCAGGAUCGAACCUCCAGGUCUUUUCCGUGGUCGUGGCGAACAUCCUCGUAAGGGUUCCUUGAAGCUUCGAGUACGACCCGAAGAUGUAACCAUCAACAUCGGCGAGAGUGCUACCAUUCCGAAACCGAACAUGCCAGGGAAGUGGAAGGCCGUUAUUCACGACCAGACUGUAACAUGGCUUGCGAAUUGGACGGAGAACGUCAAUGGGAACCACAAAUACGUCUUCCUUGCUGCUGGCUCAUCACUUAAAGGACAAAGCGAUAUGAUGAAGUUUGAAAAGGCUCGUGAGCUGAAGGAACAUGUUGACCGUAUACGAAAGGACUACAACGUUGAGCUGAGGAGUAAACUCAUGGCCGAUCGACAACGAGCAACGGCAAUGUAUUUCAUUGAUCGCUUGGCACUGCGAGCGGGAAACGAGAAGGGUGAAGACGAGGCCGACACUGUCGGUUGUUGUUCGCUGCGAUGCGAGCAUGUCACUCUCGAGCCUCCGAACUUCCUGAUCUUUGACUUCCUUGGCAAGGACUCCAUUCGCUUCUACAAACGCGUCGAGGUUGAACCUCAAAUCUUCAAGAACAUUCGCAUAUUCAAGGAGAACAAAGAGGACUCAGAUGCGCUCUUCGAUCGUGUUACCACCACUCUCUUAAACAAACAUCUUCAAUCAUACAUGAAGGGUCUUACUGCGAAGGUCUUCCGUACUUACAAUGCUUCGAUAACCCUCCAACAGCAACUCGAAGUAUAUACUCCUAGUGACGGUUCCGUACAGGAGAAGCUAAAUGCGUUCAACAAAGCGAAUCGUAUGGUUGCUAUUCUCUGUAACCAUCAAAGAUCCGUACCGAAGACCCAUUCUGCUUCAAUGGAGAAGAUGACCGACAAGCUUCGCGCUAUCAAGUACGAGCGAAUGAAGAUGCGUCAUAUACUCUUUGAUAUGGAUCCCAAGUUCAAGAAGAAAAAGGAUUAUAAGGACGACGAGUCAGACAUUGAUGACGAAUGGAUCACUCAACACGAGGAGUCGCUGAAGGAGAAGGAGGUCGAGAAAGCGAAGAAGAAAUUCGCGAAGGACAAUGAGAAGGCCGAGGCAGAGGGCGAGAAGCCGAAACCUGAAUCCGAGCUCCAAGAACGCAUCAAAGACAUCGAAGAUGAGUUCAAGCGACUCGAGAAGGAGCGUGGUACAGGCAAAGCGAGUUUGAAGCGGGCUCGACCAGUUGAGAAGAUCGAGGAGGCUAUCGAGAAGUUGACCGAGCGCAUCAAAACUCAUAAACUUCAGAUGGUAGAUCGGGAAGAAGGUAAAGAGGUUGCACUCGGCACGAGUAAAAUCAACUAUCUCGACCCUCGAAUUACUCAAGCCUGGUGUAAAGAAUACUCGGUCCCGAUUGAGAAGAUCUUCUCGAAAACUCUACUGGCUAAAUUCCCAUGGGCGAUGGAAGUAGACAAGGACUGGAGGUUCUAAGUAUACAACUCCUGAAACGAUGUACACGUCGUUUCUCUUAAUCGUCCCGAACGCAUCUUCCCCGGUAUACGUAGACUCACUGCCUGGCGGUUGGACUUCAUUUUCCUUGCCAGCGCAGAUAUACAUCUUUUCACAGAUCGGAUACAAGGAUUCAUACACUCAUAGUUGCAUAUAGGACCAUAGAGCUCCCUUGUAUUUAUUCCGAGGGGAUGUUCAUCGUUCAUCAUUAUAGCAUAUUGCAAUUCAAACUUUUUUCUUUUCUCAUCGGGCAUUUAUUUUCAAUUGUGGCUCUGUUCUACUCUGUUCUCAUCGCAUUACCAAACUAAACUUGCAUUACGG